GCUCUGCGGAGGGAGGGGCUUGAGGCCCGGUGCAUGCCGGGCUGGCGGCGGGCGGUGCUUGGGCUUCAAUCAUGGCAGCCGCUGUGGCGUCCGGCUUCUGGCUCUGUGCCGUGCUGCUUGUCCCUACUGUCGCGGUCUACGAAGACCAAGUGGGCAAGUUUGACUGGAGACAGCAGUAUGUUGGGAAGAUCAAGUUUGCCUCUUUGGAGUUUUCCCCUGGAUCCAAGAAGUUGGUGGUGGCCACAGAGAAGAAUGUGAUUGCGGCGUUAAAUUCUCGGACUGGAGAGAUCUUGUGGCGCCAUGUUGACAAGGGCACAGCAGAAGGGGUUGUGGAUGCCAUGCUGGUCCACGGACAAGAUGCAAUCACUGUAUCCAAUGGAGGGCGCAUCAUGCGUUCUUGGGAGACUAACAUCGGGGGCCUGAACUGGGAGAUAACGCUGGACAGUGGCAGUUUCCAGGCACUUGGGCUGGUGGGCCUUCAGGAGUCAGUGAGGUACAUUGCAGUUCUGAAGAAGACGACCCUCACCCUCCAUCACCUCUCCAGUGGGCACCUGAAGUGGGUAGAGCAUUUGCCAGAAAGUGACAGCAUCCUCUACCAGAUGGUGUAUUCCUACGGCUCCGGGGUGGUGUGGGCCCUGGGCAUCGUUCCCUUCAGCCAUGUGAACAUCGUCAAGUUUAAUGUGGAGGAUGGAGAGAUUGUUCAGCAGGUCAGGGUUUGGACUCCGUGGUUGCAGCACCUCACUGGGGCCUGUGGGGUGGUAGAUGAGGCUGUCCUGGUAUGUCCUGACCCCAGCUCAAAGUCGCUCCACACUUUGGCCCUGGAGACAGAGUGGGAACUGCGACAGAUCCCCCUGCCGUCUCCUGACUUAGAAUUUGGAAGUGGAUUCCAGCCCCAAGUGCUACCCACACAGCCCAGCCCAGUGGCUCCUUCUCGGGCCCAGUUCUUCCUGCAGUUGUCCCUGGGCCACUUCGCUCUUCUACAUUACCACAAUGGUGCUGUGACUCUGCUCAAAAACUUCCCCCAGGCCACGCUCGUCAGCUUCGCCACUACAGGGGAGAAGACAGUGGCUGCAGUCAUGACCUGUCGCACUGAAGCACAAAAACCUGUCAGUACUGGAGAUGGGUCUGUGGCGAGCUUUCCUGAGACAUCUGGUGCACAGGACUCUCUGGCUUGCUUCAACCAGACCUACACUAUUAACCUGUACUUAGUGGAGACAGGUCGGCGGCUGCUAGACACUUCGAUUUCCUUCAGCCUGGAGCAGAAGGGCACUCGGCCCGAGCAGCUGUACAUCCAGGUGUUCUUGAAGAAGGACGACUCAGUGGGCUACCGGGCCUUGGUGCAGACACAGGACCAUCUGCAGCUGUUCCUGCAGCAGCUUGCCGGGAAGGUGGUGUUGUGGAGCCGAGAGGAGUCCCUGGCAGAAGUCGUGUGCCUGGAGAUGGUGGAUCUCCCCCUGACUGGGGCACAGGCUGAGCUGGAAGGAGAAUUUGGCAAGAAGGCAGAUGGCCUGCUGGGGAUGUUCCUGAAACGCCUGUCGUCCCAGCUCAUCCUGCUCCAGGCCUGGACUUCCCAUCUCUGGAAAAUGUUCUACGAUGCCCGGAAGCCCCGAAGCCAGAUUAAGAAUGAGAUCAACAUCGACACAUUGGCUAGAGAUGAGUUCAACCUGCAGAAAAUGAUGGUGAUGGUAACAGCCUCAGGCAAGCUCUUUGGCAUUGAGAGCAGCUCUGGCACCAUUCUGUGGAAACAGUAUCUGCCCAAUGUUAAGCCAGACUCCUCCUUUAAGCUGAUGGUCCAGAGGACUACUGCCCAUUUCCCUCACCCGCCCCAGUGCACGCUGUUGGUGAAGGACAAGGAAACAGGGAUGAGCUCUCUGUUCGUCUUCAACCCCAUUUUUGGCAAGUGGAGCCAGGUCGCUCCCCCAGUGCUGAAGCGCCCCAUCCUGCAGUCACUGCUUCUCCCCGUCAUGGAUCAGGACUAUGCCAAGGUGCUGCUGUUGGUGGAUGAUGAAUACAAGGUCACAGCUUUCCCAGCUACACGGAACGUCCUGCGACAGCUGCACGAACUGGCCCCCUCCAUCUUCUUCUACUUGGUGGAUGCAGAGCAGGGGCGGCUCAGUGGGUAUCGGCUUCGCAAGGAUCUUACAACAGAGUUGAGUUGGGAGCUGACCAUUCCCCCAGAAGUGCAGCGGGUCGUCAAGGUGAAGGGGAAACGCAGCAGCGAGCACGUGCACUCCCAGGGCCGGGUGAUGGGGGACCGCAGUGUGCUCUACAAGAGCCUGAACCCCAACUUGCUGGCUGUGGUGACAGAGAGCACGGAUGUCCACCACGAGCGCACCUUUAUCGGCAUCUUCCUCAUUGACGGUGUCACUGGCCGCAUCAUCCACUCCUCCGUGCAGAAGAAGGCCAGGGGCCCUGUCCACCUUGUGCAUUCAGAGAACUGGGUGGUGUACCAGUACUGGAAUUCUAAGGCUCGGCGCAAUGAGCUGACGGCCCUGGAGCUCUAUGAGGGCACCGAGCAGUACAACGCCUCUGCCUUUAGCUCACUAGACCGACCCCAGCUGCCCCAGGUCCUCCAGCAGUCCUACAUCUUUCCCUCCUCCAUCAGCGCCAUGGAAGCUACCAUCACCGAGCGGGGCAUCACCAGCCGGCACUUGCUCAUUGGACUGCCUUCUGGAGCUAUCCUCUCCCUCCCCAAGGCCUUACUGGAUCCCCGGCGCCCAGAGAGCCCAACAGAACAAAGCAGAGAAGAGAACCUGAUCCCAUAUUCACCAGAUGUUCAGGUCCAUGCAGAGCGAUUCAUCAACUAUAACCAGACAGUCUCUCGAAUGCGAGGCAUCUAUACAGCACCUUCAGGCCUGGAGUCCACUUGUUUGGUGGUGGCCUACGGUCUGGAUAUUUACCAAACGCGAGUUUACCCGUCCAAGCAGUUUGAUGUCCUGAAAGAUGACUAUGACUAUGUGCUCAUCAGCAGUGUCCUCUUUGGCUUGGUUUUUGCCACCAUGAUCACAAAGAGGCUGGCACAGGUCAAACUCCUCAACCGAGCCUGGCGGUAAACUGUUGGAGGAAGGGGGACAGCUGAGGAGCUAUGGCCAUGGACUGUUGGACCCUUGAGGUUGGGUUGUGGUCUUGUAUCACUUAAGUCUGGGAGGAGAAGAUAUGCCUUCAUGUAGAACUGCUUCGGGAAUACAGUGACGAACUGUCCUGUGGGUCAGACACCCACCUCAGCGAGGCUCUCCAUGCAUUUGACCCACUGCUCUCUCCGUCGGUGACGAACUGUCCUGUGGGUCAGACACCCACCUCAGCGAGGCUCUCCAUGCAUUUGACCCACUGUUCUCUCCGUCGGUGACAAACAGGCCUGUGGGUCAGACACCCACCUCAGCGAGGCUCUCCAUGCAUUUGACCUGCUGCUUUCUUCUUUAUGUGCUCAUCCGUGGGUUGUCUGUUUUUGUUUUCCUUUGUUUUUUCCUUUCAUGAGACCUCUGGUUUCUUUCUUCUGAGGCUGUUUAAAUCGACUUUAGUUAGCCCUCGAUGGUUCCAGUCUUACUAGAAAUACUCUGACACCGUAUUCUCUGCCCCUUGCUUUCAAGCCUGACGGGUCAGCUCUGCCUUUAUCAUGGUGUGCUUGGCUGCCUGACGGAUGGGGUGGAUGCAGGAGCCAUUCUUAGCCAAGGCUGAGGACUUUUCUCUGAAGAGAACUUGGGGGAUCCAUACAUGGAGUGAGAACUAAUUUUAACCAAGUUUUCACUUCAUGCCACCAUUUAUAUGAUUGGGCCACCAUUUUUUUUUUUUAGCCUAUCAAAGCCAAGCACAUACCAGUAAUUUGAUUUUUCACCCACAACCUGUGCUUUUUCUCCUGAGCUAUAGCAAGGCUAAAACCUUUAAUCCUUUUCUUUCUUUUUUGUUUUUGGAGACAGGGUUUAUCUGGAUGUCCUGGAACUCUCUCUGUAGACCAGGCUGGUCUUGAACUCAUAGACAUCUGCCUGCCUCUGCCUCCUGAAUGCUGGGAUCAAAGUUGUGUGCCACCCCCUGCCUUAGGGCUAAGGCCUUUUUUUUUUUUUUUUGGAUUUGGUGUUUUUUCAAGACAGGGUUUCUCUGUGUAGCCCUGGCUGUCCUGGAACUCACUCUGUAGACCAGGCUGGCCUCGAACUCAGAAAUCCGCCUGCCUCUGCCUCCCAGAGUGCUGGGAUUACAGGCAUGCGCUACUACCGCCUGGCUGCUAAGGCCUUUUAAAGCUACCAGAUUGUCUGAGCUUUGGUGAGAUCUUGAGGUCCCAGUAUAUCAUAUCUCAUUGUCCCUACAGGCUGUUCCAGACAUCCUAUAGCCCAGCUGGAGGAAAGGGUCUUUGUUAAAACCUUAUUCUUUUUUUUUUUUUUUUUUUUUUGAGACAGUUUUACUUAGUAGCCCAGGCUGGCCUCAAACAUGCAGUCCUCCUGCCUUGGGAUUGCAGGUGUUUGCCAUCAUGCUUGGUAGUGGGCAAGUUUUAAAUUUCAUUGGUAUAAUUUUCUUUUUUUUCCUUCUUUUUUCUUGGUAUAAUUUUCUAUGUGGCAGGCAUUAGGGAGAGAAUCCAAGGUCUCUCAUGCCAGGCAAGUUUUCUGCACUGAGCUCACUGUGAGGUGAGCCACGAGGGCUGUCAUUUUCUUAAGUAGUUUUAAAAUCUUAGUAAUUUAAGUUUUUGAGGGACUGCAAGGAGGAUGCUGGGACUCAAACCCAGGGCCUCGUGUGUUAGCACACACCCUUCUUCUACUGAGCUAGAGCCUCAACACACAUAACCUCUUUACUUAUUUUAUUGAGACGGUCUUACCAUGUAGCUCUGGAUGGGCUGGAAGUAGCUAUGUAGACCAGGGUUGGGCUUUUGUGUGGGGUGUGUGUGCUACUGUCUGUGCUCCUGUGUGGCGCGCGCGCGUGUGUGUGUGUGUGUGUGUGUGUGUGUGUGCACUCUUUUUAUUUUUUAUGGUUUUUCCGAGACAGGGUUUCUCUGUAUAGCCCUGGCUGUCCUGGAAUUCACUCUGUAUACCAGGCUGGCCUUGAACUCAGAAAUCCACCUGCCUCUACCUCCCAAGUGCUGGGAUUAAAGGCGUGCACCACCACUGCCCUGCUGUGUGUGCAUUCCUAUAUGGGCUUCUGUGUUGGGUGUGUGCAUUCCUGCCUGGGUUUCUGUGUGUGGGGUGUGUGCAUUCCUGUUUGGGCUUCUGUGUCUGUGUGUCUGGGCUUCUGUAUGUUGCACAGGAAGAAUCCCAAGUUUUAACUUGCUUGUGAACUUGGGAACUGAUUGUUCUUUGAGAAGUAGGGAAGGCAGUGAGUUGACCACCCUCUCUGAAAUAAAGCUGAUGAUUAGUGGCUCUGGCCUCAGCUCUGUUUUGUCUUCAGAGUUCACUUCGAGGCUACUUUGACAUCCAAAUUGACAAAAAAAGAAAAGCCAGAUGUGGAGGCAUACCCCUAUAAUAGUAGCACGUGAGAGGCGGAGGACGGAGGGUCAGAAGUUGAAGUGUGUAGCUGAAGUUGAAGAGGUCAUCUUUGGCAGCAUGGCAGCCUAGGCUAUAGGAGACAGUGGUUAAGAGUACCAGCUGCUUUUUCCGCUCUGUUCCCAGUGCCCCACUGUAGGCCUCACAAGCACCUGUAUCUCCACCUCCGGGAGAUUCCGCACCGUUUCCUGGAUUCUGAGUGUACACAUAUGGACACACAAAAUAAACUUUUUUAAAAAUCAGGGAAAGAUGGAGUUAUGUAGGGCAAAAUGCCAACAUCUUCGUCACUGAUAACCAGUUUCCUCUCCUGGGUUAGUAUCUGACACUUCCAGUCACAGUCCCUGCCUGGCUUUGUGAACAACCUGGGAGAGGGCAGUGGGACCCAUACACUUUUCUGACCUAAUUUUUGUUUUGAUAUAAAGUCUCACCUUGUGAGUCUGGCUGACCUGAAUAUAUAGAGAUGUGCUUGGAUUAAAGGCAUAUAUCACUAUACCCUUCCUGCUCUAGUCUUAAGAUAGAGUAGCUGCGAUUUUGUGUAACAUAGAUGAGUGACUCUCACCAACACAGCUCUGGGUUUUCUUUUUUGGUUUUGUUUGCUUUAAGAUUUAUUUUUAUGAGUGUUUUCCUUGCAUCUGUGUGAGUGCCUGGUACCCAUGGAGGCCAAAAGAUGCUGGAUCCCUUGGGAUGAUUGUGAGCCAUUGCGUAGGUCCUGGGAACUGAACUGAACCCUCUGGAGGGAAUGAGGAUGUGUCUUGCCUCUUAUAAUGCCUGCUGUGUUUCUACAGUAGUUAGUCUGCAAGGCUGUUUUUUCUACUUUUGUGCCAGAACCUUAAAGUAGCUAAUGGUCUGGAAGUGACCUACCCUUUAUAGAAAUUUCCCGGUAUUUCACCUUUAACCUUUACUAUGUCACCAAAGCUGCUCAGAGCAGCUGAUUGAAAUAGCUAAGGCCUGAGAGAAGUCUUAUCUUUUCUCCUAAGUCUUUAUUUUUCAUUAUUAUUAUUAUUAUUAUAUACCAUCUCUGUUUAGCUCUGGCUUUCCUGGAACUCCCUGUAUAGACCAUGCUGGCCUUGAAUUCACAAAGCUCUGCAUUCCUCUGCCUUCUGAGCCUUGAGAUUAAAUGUGUGGGUCAUGCCUGGCUUCAUA